UUCCGGCGGUGCACCACCCAAAUGCCUCCUGUCGGCAACUUCCGCCCUUCUAUCUAAACGUCAAAACCCCAGAUUCGGAACUGAUGUGUCGCGCUUUCUCCGCACUCGGUCGUUUUAGAACUCUUUCCCGUCGGGGUGCGUGGAGUGAACUCGCGGGUCUGUGAGACCCGAAAAUUGAGAGCUUCUUUGCGCCCCGGCACCUGCACCCGGCGGCUCUGCGGCUGUCACCAUGCCACAAAACGAAUAUAUUGAGUUACACCGGAAGCGCUAUGGCUAUCGUUUGGAUUACCAUGAGAAAAAGAGAAAGAAGGAAGGUCGAGAGGCUCAUGAACGUUCAAAGAAGGCAAAAAAGAUGAUUGGUCUGAAAGCUAAGCUCUACCAUAAACAGCGCCAUGCUGAGAAAAUACAAAUGAAAAAGACUAUCAAGAUGCAUGAAAAGAGAAACACCAAGCAAAAGAAUGAUGAAAAGACUCCACAAGGAGCCGUACCUGCGUAUCUGCUGGACAGGGAGGGACAGUCCCGAGCUAAAGUACUUUCCAAUAUGAUUAAACAAAAACGAAAAGAGAAAGCAGGAAAAUGGGAAGUCCCUUUGCCCAAAGUUCGUGCCCAGGGAGAAACAGAAGUAUUAAAAGUUAUUCGAACAGGAAAGAGAAAGAAGAAAGCAUGGAAGAGGAUGGUUACAAAAGUCUGCUUUGUUGGAGAUGGCUUUACUCGAAAACCACCUAAAUAUGAAAGAUUCAUUAGGCCAAUGGGCUUACGUUUCAAAAAGGCCCAUGUAACACAUCCUGAAUUGAAAGCCACCUUUUGCCUGCCAAUACUGGGUGUAAAAAAGAAUCCCUCAUCCCCACUGUAUACGUCUUUGGGUGUUAUUACCAAAGGUACUGUCAUUGAAGUGAACGUGAGUGAGUUGGGCCUUGUGACACAAGGAGGCAAGGUUAUUUGGGGAAAAUAUGCCCAGGUUACCAACAAUCCUGAAAACGAUGGAUGCAUAAAUGCAGUCUUGCUGGUUUGACAGCACUUUCAGACAAGUAACUCUUGACAAUUACUGAAGACUACUCACCAGUUAAGAAGACACCGUUUCUGUGGUGGUUCUCCAAAUACUGCCCAACAGCCUUACAUAUCUGCAGCCUUCAAGAGAACUAUUUAUUCUAUUGUAAGAAACAUUAAAAUAGGCUUAUUUACAAA